UGACCUGCUAGACUCCACCGGACGCGGGGAGCUGCCUGACAGCCGAGCCCCGGCGACCCCGCCCCCGUCCUCCGUGGGCCCCACGGCCCAUUCGAAAACGACAAAAACACACACUCAACACUCGGGGCUCUCUGACGUCAAUAGGCUACACACAGUUUUAAAUAUAUAGCGAUGCGUCAUGUCAUAUGGACUAUUCUAGUGUUUCUUUAAGGAGUGAUUCUGAGUCCGGUAAGUCACGUGUUCAACAGCUGUCUUCCGGGAUAUCUUGACGCACACACAGACAACGCAGUCAGCCACUGACUCCGCUCCAACCCUCCUAGGUCGCCAGGUAACCUACAGUCAAAACCAGACGUUUAGUGCAAGAGUCUUGCACACUUGAUUGUCUCUCUCGUGUCGGGGUGCUAAAGUGAAGAAACUGCUACGACCUCCUCCGCUUGUAGCAUAUCACGAUGUCUAAGAAAGGUGUGAGCUGCCCAGAGGAGCUGGUGGACGCGUCCAUCAUCCGCAUUCCUCCGCAUCACUACAUCCACGUGCUGGACCAGAACACCAACAUCGCCCGCGUGGAGAUCGGACCGCUCACAUACAUACGGCAGGACAACGAGAGGGUUCUGUUCCCCCCGGCGCGGAUGAUCAUGGUGCCCCCUCGCCACUACUGCGUGGUGAUCAACCCCGUUGCCCGGGACGAUGAGGGACGAGUCCAGUUUGACCAAUCAGGGCAGGCCAAGCUCCGUCACGCUGACCUGGAGAUCCGCCUCACACAAGAACCAUUCCCCCUCUACCCAGGAGAAGAUGUCCAACAGGACGUGACGGCGCUGCAAAUUGUCUAUCCAGACACAGCGUUGCGGCUCCAGGCGCUGCUGGACUUCAAGGAGACCAACGGCCAGAAGAGAGUGGCUGGAGACGAGUGGCUGUUUGAGGGGCCGGGGACGUACAUCCCCAGGAAGGAGGUGGCGGUCCUGGAGACCAUCAAAGCCACAGUGAUCCGUGAGAACCAGGCCAUCAGACUCCGCGCCCGCAAGGAGGGGGAGGACCGAGGAGGCGUCCACAGAGUCACUGGUGAAGAAUGGCAGGUCAGUAAGGUGGGAGCGUAUCUACCUGGAGCUCAUGAGGAGGUCAUCGAUAUCGUCAAUGCUUACAUCCUAACUGACAAGAAAGCGUUGCAUGUUCGUGCUCUGCGCCCCUUCCGUGAUGCUGGUGGGCGGGACCGGCGUACUGGGGAGGAGUGGCUUGUUACCAUGGUGGAGCGUGAGGCGCACAUCCCCUCGGUUGCCGAGGAGGUCGUCGGGGUCGUGGACGUCACGACACUCAGCAGCCGCCAGUACUGCGUGGUGUUGGACCCCAUGGGGCCAGACGGCAAACCGCAACUCGGACAGAAGAGAGUGGUCAAGGGUGAGCGCUCCUUCUUCCUGCAGCCAGGGGAGCAUCUAGAGUGUGGGAUUCAGGACGUCUACAUCCUCUCUGAGGACGAGGGGCUGGUGCUGCGCGCAACUGAGGCCUUCAUGGACAUCGAAGAGGAGGAGGAGCAGGAAGAGGACCUGGGAGAAGACAGGCCCAUCACGCGCCGGGGCGGCAUCGCCCGUCGACCUGGUGACCGCUGGAUGCUGCGUGGACCAACCGAGUAUGUUCCCCCGGCAGCGGUGGAGGUCAUCUGCCGCCGAGAGGCCAUCCCUCUGGACGAGAAUGAGGGCAUCUACGUCCGGGACAUCAAGACCGGCAAGGUCCGUGCUGUGAUUGGCCAGACCUACAUGCUGACGCAGCACGAGGAGCUGUGGGCUAAGCACCUCCCUCCCAACGUGGAGCAGCUGCUGAUGUCAUCACGCGACCCCCUGGCUGGACGCUCGGAUCGUCGGGAGGCCACACCCCCUGCCCCGCGCGACUGCACACGUGUGGUCUCGUACCGCGUCCCCCACAACGCUGCCGUACAGGUCUACGACUACCGCGAGAAGAAGGCCCGGGUGGUGUUCGGUCCAGAGCUGGUCAUGCUGGGUCCAGAUGAGCAGUUCACGGUCCUGUCUCUGUCGGGGGACAAGCCCAAGCGUGCCAACGUGAUCAAGGCCAUCUGCCUGCUGCUCGGACCCGACUUCUGCACCGACAUCAUCACCAUAGAGACCGCCGACCACGCCCGCCUGCAGCUACAGCUCGCAUACAACUGGCACUUUGAUGUGAAACCUGGCUGUGACAUCGCGUUGGCAGCGUCUCUGUUCUCUGUCCCUGACUUCGUGGGUGACGCCUGUAAGGCCAUCGCAUCACGCAUCAGAGGAGCUGUGGCCUCCGUACAGUUUGACGACUUCCACAAGAACUCCAACCGGAUCAUCUGCUCUGCGGUGUUCGGUUUUGAUGAGAAGAUCGCGGUUCGGUCCAGUCUGCGGUUCCCCCAGAACGGCCUGGUCAUCAGCAGCGUGGACAUCCAGUCUGUGGAGCCCGUGGACCAGCGCACCCGCGACGCCCUGCAGAAGAGCGUCCAGCUCGCCAUCGAGAUCACCACCAACUCCCAGGAGGCCACCGCACGUCACGAGGCGGAGCGUCUGGAACAGGAGGCAAGAGGGCGACUGGAGAGGCAGCGAAUCACUGACCAGGCCGAGGCUGAGAAGGCCAGAAAAGAACUGCUGGAACUAGAGGCCCUCAGUGCUGCAGUAGAGAGCACUGGGGCUGCCAAAGCUGAGGCUCAGUCUCGAGCGGAAGCUGCACGGAUUCAGGGAGAAGCUGCCGUCAACGAAGCCAAACUCAAAGCUGAGGCCCAGAGGAUCGAGGCUGAGUCUGAGCUGGGCCGUCUGGCUAAGGCGCGUGAUGCGGAGUUGUCCUACCAGGCGGAGCGCGAUCGUCUGGAGGUGGACAAGCAGCAGAAACUCUCCUCCAUCGAGUCCCAGCGCUUCCAGCAGCUCGUCCAGGCCCUGGGCGCCGACACACUCACAGAGAUGGCCAGAGCUGGACCUGAACUACAGGUGAAGCUGCUCCAGUCUCUGGGUCUGCAGUCUACUCUGAUCACUGACGGCUCGUGUCCCAUCAACCUCUUCAGUACCGCCAAUGGCCUGCUGGGGGCGCUGCCGGGCUCCGCCCCCAAGAGCAGCGACGCCUGAAGAAGAGAGAGGAAGAUGGAGGGAUGAUGAUGAAGAGGAAGAUGCCUGCUUGCCAUUUGGACUCCUUCGUCUGUAGCUUUCCCUACAUCCAAACAAACACCUCACACACUCCCAAAAAUGUCAUAAACGAAUUAAAGAAGGAAUAGGGAGUGUGUGUGUGUGUGUGUGUGUGUGUGUGUGUGUUGAGUGUGAUUUGUUUACAGGAUCUGAUUCUAUCUCUUAAUCUACCUGGCAUAUCGUAUACGUUAUAUCAGUGAAUGCCACUCAAGUCUCUUCUGUCUUCUGUCUCAGAGGCCUUACCUCUUUCUGCCAAAGAUACCCUUAAUUACCCUUAUGCCUUAAUUACACAUGCAAAUAAACAUGCUAAUAAAUAAACAAACUCAAAACA